UCCAUGAUUUGUUCUACAUUAUCUUUCCAUGAUUUGUUCAACAAGUCAUUGAUUGACAGAAUUUCUCUUCCCUUCUAGAUUGAACUUGGAAAGUUUGUGUCAGUGUAUCCAGGCAUUAUAUAUCUCUGAAUAUCUUUUGUGCAGCCAUGGAUACCAUGGCUAACUCCACAUUUAAGCUUCUUGUUACCAUAUUAUGCUUGUUUCUCAACACCCAUAUCUCCCUCGGAGCUGACACCAUCUCUGCAAACCAAUCUCUCUCUGGUGACCAAACCAUUGUCUCGGCAGGUGGAGUCUUUGUAUUGGGAUUCUUUCAUUCAGGUAAUUCUUCCAACUACUAUAUAGGCAUGUGGUACAAACAAGUAACUACACAGACUGUAGUUUGGGUGGCAAACAGAGAAAAACCAGUCUCAGAUAGAUUUUCUUCUGAGUUGAGAAUCUUAAAUGAUAAUUUAGUUCUCUUUAACGAGUCUAACUCUCCAAUUUGGUCCACAAAUGUGAAUGCCACUAUGUCCAGUGGCUCUGUACAAGCUGUUCUAAUGGAUAAUGGAAACUUGGUGUUAAAGGAUGAAUCCAAUAAUUCAAAACCUUUAUGGCAAAGUUUUGAUUAUCUAACUGAUACAUGGCUUCCCGGUAAUAAAUUUGGGUACAACAAGCUAACUAAGAUGAAACAGGUUCUCUUUUCAUGGAAGAAUUCUGAGGAUCCAGCUCCAGGCCUCUUCUCUUUCCAGAUAGAUCCUAGUGACGCCUCCUAUGUAACACUCUGGAACAGGUCUAGGAUCUAUUGGAAUACUGGACCUUGGACUGGAAGAUUCACCUUGGCCCCGGAGAAAAGGCCAAAUAUAAUCUUGUAUUUCGAAAUUGUUUCAAACGACAAUGAAACCUCAUUCAUGAUGCAUGCAACUAAUUCAUCAGUAAUAUCUUUUAUUACAAUGGAUCUUACUGGGAAGAUGAAGCAAUUAAUGUGGCGGCCUGAGACUGGAUGGAAUGUGCUUCGCACAUUUCCCAGACAACAAUGCCAAGUCUACGCUUCUUGUGGCUCUUAUGGAAGUUGCAACGACAACUCGGAGCCUUUUUGUCUUUGUUUGGAAGGGUUCGAGCCCAACUCUCCAAAAGAGUGGGAUUUGAAGCACUACUCGGGUGGCUGCUCCAGAAAAACUGAAUUGCAGUGUGGGAACCAUAGUAAUUUUGGUAGUGAGGAGAGGGACAAAUUUCUAGCCAUUAGUGCUAUGUCCUUGCCUGAAAAUCAACUGUUUGUAAAAGCAGGAAGUUUUGCUGAAUGUGAAUCAAGCUGUUUGACAAACUGCUCUUGCACUGCUUAUGCUUACAACAGCAGUGGCUGUUCUAUUUGGACAGGAGAUCUCUUGAAUUUGAAGCAACUUGGAGAAGAUGACAGCAGUGGAAGGACGCUAUAUAUUCGAUUGGCAGCUUCUGAGCUUCGGAGUCCUAAAGAUAAUAAGGGAACUAUAAUUGGUGUUGUGUUGGGUUCAGUUGCAGGGCUAGUAAUUCUCAUUGGUCUUGUUCUGGUUUUGCUUUUGAGAAGAAGAAAGAAAACAGUUGGAGCAAGAAUACCUGUGGGAGGCUCGUUGAUGGCAUUUGGCUACAGAGAUUUGCAAAAUGCAACAAAGAACUUUUCAGAGAUAUUGGGCAGGGGAGGCUUUGGUUCAGUUUUUAAGGGUGUCUUGCCUGACUCUACUGUAAUAGCAGUGAAGAGGCUUGAAGGUGUUGACCAAGGAGAGAAGCAGUUCCGAGCAGAAGUUAGCAUAAUUGGGACAAUUCAACACGUGAAUUUAGUUCGACUUCUUGGGUUCUGCUCUCAAGGUACUAAGAAGUUGUUAGUCUAUGAUUACUUGUCGAAUGGUUCAUUAGCUUCCCACCUUUUCGACACAGAAAAAUUAAACAUUUUAGAUUGGAAAACAAGAUACCAAAUAGCUCUUGGGACAGCUAAAGGGUUGGCUUAUCUUCAUGAGAACUGUAGAGACUGCAUCAUACAUUGUGACAUUAAGCCAGAAAACAUUCUUUUGGACAAGGAAUUCUGCUCCAAAGUGGCUGACUUUGGGUUAGCAAAACUCGUUGGAAGGGACUUCAGCCGAAUCCUGACAACCAUGAGAGGAACAAGAGGUUAUCUUGCACCAGAAUGGAUUUCAGGAGUGGCAAUAACAUCGAAAGCUGAUGUAUACAGCUAUGGAAUGAUGCUUUUCGAGUUUGUGUCAGGAAAGAGAAACUCAGGGCUGUGUGAAUUAGAUGGGAAAGUAAGCUACUUCCCAUGUCUGGCUGCGAGUGUUAUCAUGAAAGGAGGCAAUGUCCUGAGCCUACUAGACCCGAGGUUGGAGGAGCAGGCUACCAUUGAAGAGAUUGAAAGAGUUUGUAGAGUUGCUUGUUGGUGCAUACAAUAUGACGAAGUUGAUAGGCCGUCAAUGAGUAAGGUGGUUCAAAUUCUUGGAGGAGUUUUAGAGGUGGAGCUGCCACCAAUGCCACGGUCACUUGAACUUUUUAAUGACGACCAGGAGAAUGUGAUGUACUUUUCUGAGCCAUCCUCAAGCAAGAGUUGGUGAGGCUUAGCGCAACAUGUAGCUUUCUCUCUUUUAAUCUGAGACUGAGACUGAGACUAAUACUCUGCCUUCAUUUGGCAAGUUCCAAGGAAAGAACUAUAUCUAUAUGAUCACAUCCGUUUUCCUUUCUAAUAUUACCCUUAUGCUAUGGUAUUAUGCAGCUUGUCUUUUCUUUAUUCUUCUUUAAUGUAUUAUUUUUAUUUGUGUGUUAAUUUCAACCCAAUUAAUAAUGUUAUGUUACUCAUGUUUUCUUUUUUCCUUUCCCUCUUAAUGUAAUAACGUUUUUUUGCUCUUUCUAUGAUAUAAAUAUGAACAAUACUCAAGGACUCAAGAGAAGAUCACCGUUAUUUUUUUUCCCUCAUGGACUGAAUUAAUAUUCUUGUCCCUUAAACUUCUAAGAUAUUCUUACAUGAGUAAAUGGCUUGCUACUUCUCUAUCUCUAGUUAAUUGGUUUGUAGCUAAUUAAUAUAAUUGCGAGAACAAGGUAUAGUAUGAUUAUUUGUUCUUUCUAUUUCAUUCUCAUUUUGAUUAAAGAUUUUUUUUAAAAAAAUAAUAUAUAUUUUUAGAACUCCUUUACGAUCUAGAUUUACAAAAGACAAUUUUUGUUAUUUGAAAAAUACAUUGUAUUAGUCAUCAACCACACAUUUGACCCAAAACAAGUUAAAAUAUAUAAAAAAUAUGCUCAAAAUAAAAUAAAAUAAAAACUAAACUAAAUGUAUAUUCAAAAUAAACUAAACAAUGAUAAAAUUAAAAAUCAACAAAUAAAACAAAAAAGGAAAAAAAAUCCAAAAUAUAUAUAUCAAAUAUAAACUACAAGUAUACCUAAUAUAUGCCCAAAAUAAAUCAACUAAAAAAUACAAAAAAAAAAAAAACCAAAUAACACAAAAUAUACAAAACAUAAACUAAAAAAAAUAAUAAAAAACAACUAAAAUUCAAAUACUCAUAAUGCAUAAUAUGUACUGCCUCCUGAAUAUGUGUAACGAAGCUAUACUAAAAAUCAACUAAAAAAUACAAAAAAAAAAAAAAAACCAAGUAACACAAAAUAUACAAAACAUAAACUAAAAAAAAUACUAAAAAACAACUAAAAUUCAAAUACUCAUAAUGCAUAAUAUGUACUGCCUCUUGAAUAUGUGUAACGAAGCUAUUUUUUUCCUUUAGAAACAACUUAUAAUUGCUAAGAUCUAAAUAUUAAAUUUUAUUUGUUUUAUAACCUUUUCUUUUUGACCAAAUGAUUCAAUAAUUGA